GCGAUCGCUGGAAUACAUGAGAUAUAUACAUACAUAACUUCUUUCAUAUCGCAGCAGGAAAAAAAUAUAUUAAGUAAUUACGUAUAUGUGAAAAAAAUGCAUACAGAUAAUACUUGUAAAAAUGAUAAAAAGUGUUAAACAAGAAUCAAUAGAACAUGUGAUAAAGUGACUGCAUACCUUGGGACUUCUUUAUUACUCGCAAAACAAUGGAUUUCUGAUCGUCAAUACCGUCGUCGACACCAUCUGCACACAUAUUUGCGUUUUGCAUUCAAUUUAAGGUUUGCCUCGCUACCCAGGGUUCUCCCAGCAGGCAGUACGAAAUCUAGCAGUAAAAGGUCCCGGAAGAAGGAGCGAAGCCUUUUCUAGGGAAACAAGAAACACCAAUAUCCAUAUCGGUUGGUCAACGCUUUAAUAGGCUGGAAAAGGCGAAGUUUAGUUGGUGACUUAGCGCAGACUUAGUUAUGUUUACUUUACAACCCACCCCGACGGCCAUAGGAACUGUAGUGCCGCCUUGGUCAAUAGAGCGCCUGCCGACCUUGGAGGAUAUGGCGCACAAAGACAAUAUGAUUGCAAUGAGAAAUCUACCCUGUUUGGAUGCCGCUAAUGGCAUCAGCGGACUGGGCGGUAUUCCUGGGAAGACAUCAACGACUAUGGAAUCAGUUGAAGCGACCGUAACAGCGCCACAGCCCCAUUCCACGUCAUCGUACUUUGCCACAACUUACUACCAUUUAACAGAUGAUGAAUGUCACAGUGGAGUUAAUCAGCUGGGCGGCGUCUUUGUUGGCGGCCGGCCACUGCCAGAUUCAACGCGACAAAAAAUCGUGGAAUUGGCCCAUUCAGGAGCAAGGCCAUGUGAUAUUUCGCGUAUUCUGCAAGUCUCAAAUGGAUGUGUGAGCAAAAUUCUAGGCAGAUACUAUGAAACCGGAAGCAUACGACCACGGGCUAUUGGCGGGUCAAAGCCACGAGUGGCCACCGCCGAAGUUGUUAGUAAAAUUUCCCAAUAUAAACGCGAAUGUCCGAGUAUUUUUGCUUGGGAAAUUCGUGAUAGAUUGCUGCAGGAGAACGUUUGUACGAAUGAUAAUAUACCAAGUGUUUCAUCAAUAAACCGCGUCCUUCGGAAUUUAGCAGCACAAAAAGAGCAACAAAGCUCUGGAUCAAGUAACUCCACAAACAACAGUAGCUCCGGGCAAAGCACAAAAGUAAAUAGUAAUAUCAGCAAUGUCACGGAUCUGAUACAGACUUCAACGCCCUUAAAUUCAUCGGAAAGCGGCAGAGCCAGUAAUUCGGGUGAGGGAAGUGAACAGGAGUCCAUCUAUGAGAAGUUGCGCCUGUUAAACACCCAGCAGCAGGCAACUGGAUCAUCUUUGGAUCCUGCAGUCAUUGCUCCACCUUCAUCUUCAGCCAUGGAUCAAGCGCCAAGCAGCCACUUUCAUCAUCAUAACCAAGUGCAGGUGCAUCAUCAACCACAACACCAACAGAGCUGGCCUGCAAGACACUAUUCUUCAGCAGGAUCUUGGUUUCCCAGCUCACUAGCCAGUGGCAACGAAACAGCCAUUACUUCGCCCUCAAGCUUAGCCUAUACUACGGCCGGAUCACGAUCAACAACAGUCAUCCCGGAGCCGUUGAGUACACCCAACGACAUUACUUCGCAUAUAAGAAACUGCCCAGUGCCCGCAACAGAGGAUAUUCAUUUAAAAAAAGAGCUUGAUGGCCAUCAAACAGAUGAAACGGGAUCCAAUGAAGAAGAUAACUCUAAUGGUGGCGCCUCAAACAUAGAAAACAACAAUGAGGAUGAUCAAGCUCGACUGAUACUAAAAAGGAAGUUACAACGCAAUAGGACAUCAUUUACGAACGACCAAAUAGAUAGUCUGGAGAAAGAGUUUGAACGCACCCAUUACCCCGAUGUCUUUGCACGUGAGCGCUUGGCGGGAAAGAUUGGAUUACCGGAGGCCAGAAUACAGGUUUGGUUCUCUAAUCGUCGUGCCAAAUGGCGUCGCGAAGAGAAGCUUCGUAAUCAGCGAAGAACACCAAAUUCAACAGGGGCCAGUGGCGCCUCAUCGUCCACUUCAGCAACCGCAUCCAUAACAGAUAGUCCCAAUAGCUUGAGUGCUUGUUCUUCUCUGCUAGGAGGAGGAGGAUCAGUGGCAGGAGGUGCCCCGGGCUUAUCUUCGCCAAAUAUCUUGGCCUGCAGCGCUGCUCCAGGAGUACCUGAGAGUACGGAUACCCCAACGCCCACUAAUUUACAUCAUAGAUCUAGUGCAAGCUCUGCUGACAAUACUCAAGGGCGCAGCAAUGAAGACUGCAGAGGAGGUGGUGGCGAUACGUGUUCACCAUGUCCUCUUGAAAUUUCCGGCCAGCAACAUCACCAGAACAACAUUUCUCCUCUUGUACAUGCCCAUGCCCAAGCACUGGUUCCUACCAUAUCGCCACGACUGAACUUGAGCAGUGGAAACUUUGGGGGCUCCAUGAGUGCCAUGUACUCCAAUAUGCACCAUGCAACUGCUUUGUCCAUGAGCGAUACCUAUGGAUCAAUUGGACCCGUGCCCAGCUUUAAUCAUCCCUCUGUUGUUGGCUCUUCGCUUGCACCACCAAUAUCGCCAAUAUCCCAACAGGGGGGCGAUCUUACGCCUCCUUCACUGUAUCCUUGUCAUAUGAACCUACGACCGCCGCCACAUCACCAUCUGGUUACGAAUGAUGGUAACUCCCACAUAGAUUCUAGAGGAAACUGUAGUGGAUCAUCGGGGGGAUACGAGGCACUAUCUGCCUAUGCUUUGCCACCACCACCGCCGAUUCCAUGUUCGAGCAGUGGAUCAUCUUUGAAUUUCUCCGGAAGCUCUCCCUCGUCCAGCACUACAGCCGCCGCCGCCGCUGGUACCUCUGCCCAUCAUCAUCAUCACCCUUCUACGAUGGAAUCCCGUCACUCGCCAUCCUGUGGAUCCAACUCCAAUCACCUGGGUAUUGGCCAUACUUCAGUCUUUGCCACGGACUCAAUUUCACCGACUGUGUCUCCAUAUAUGAGCUACAACUAUGCAGCAGCUGCAGCUUCGUCUUCCUCCAAUGCCAAUGUGGGGGUGGUGACAGCCCCUGUUUCUGGGGGAAACGUACCCUCUGGAAAGCAACAGUUUUUCGCCUCUUGCUUUUAUUCACCUUGGGUUUAGGUUUAUACUUAGUUAUAAGGUGCACUCUGAAAUCCAAAAAUAACGUCAAAAAAAUAAUAAAUCGAAUUUACAUAUCUCUUACCUAAAAAUAGAAAGAGGUUGUAGAACAAAGGUACGCCCCUAAUUCCUAAUCCUAGAAUACUUUUGUGUCUGAAUUAAAUAAUUUACAAGUAUAAUCAAAAAUGAGAACCCGGUACCGAUAAAAUAAUUUUUUAUUUAUGAUCUAAUUUAUGAAACACUUAAAUUAAACAGUGCGGAUGUCAGAAGCAAAUGUUGAUAAAAUAAGGCGAAUGUUGUGCAACACACAAAUAAAGACAAAUGUUGGUACUGCAGCUACAGGUGCAAAUGUUGCAGGAGGUCAACAUACACAA